UACUCAACGACAAGGACAAAAUGGCAGAGCGCAGACGACGACGUCGCUAGUUAUUGAUAAUAAAACUUGAAAAAGUGUGAAAUUUGCAGUGAAUAUCGAACGGGACUUCUAUUUAUUGGUGAAUAAUUAAAGCCCGGAAGUGGCUUAAAACGGGUUGCAUGCAAAUAGUUCCGGAUCGGUGUACCAAGUGACGAUAUUCGGUUCGAAAAAAAAAGUGCUCAGUUUCAUCGUCAGAAAAGUUAAAAAUGAGUUGCUAUUCGUGGUAUGCUGCGCUGCCUUUUUCCUCAAGGUGUAAUGUGUAAUUAGGAAAAGGUUAUUCAAUAAUUUCUGGAGUGGCUACUCGCAACAUUGAACUGAAAAGUUAAACCGAAAAUUUCUUUUGUUUGACAAAUUUCAACAAGAUGUUAGGAAUGUGAUGAACAUUGGAUAAUAAAACUUGAUAAUAAAGCUGUGGACAUAAUCGUUUCGAAGCUCACUCGAAAUUCAAGCUGGUAGUAUAAACGCCAAGUUAUCAAAAUGAUUCGUCCUCAUUUUGAGGCACAACCACCGCCAAUGGAUUUUCAGCAACAACAGCUGCAGCAUCAAGUUGUUCAACAGCAGCAGAUUUCGAAAAUAGUUAGCAGUCCACCUCCGACAAUUGUUGGUACUCCUAAUGGAACAAAAAUGUGCGUGACCAAGAUGAUUGUCGGCCUAGAUCACUCUCCUAUGGCCUUCAACCUUCGACAGAGAAUCAUCGGUGACGGGGGAACUAAUCUGAAUUAUAUCCGCUCUGAAACGGGAGCACUGGUGUCACUCCGUGGUCGCGGAUCGUUGGUGUUCGAACAUCAAACAGGCCAAGAAGCUCCAGAACCAUUGCAUUUGUUAAUUGAACACCCAACCUUGGAAGGACUUCAAGAAGCAAAACAGUUGGUCAAAAAUUUAAUCGAAACCCUGCAAGAAGAACUAAAUCUGUUUCAAGAAAAUCUGGCACCUAAACAAAAUUUUCAAAUAAUUCAACAACCUACACUAGUCCAAACUACUCAGGUGCCCCAGAUGCCAAUGAUGAAUCAGCAUGUGACUCAACCGAACGGCAUCAUGCAUCAACCACCUCCGGUAAUGCCGCCACAGGGUUUCGUGCAACACCAACAAAGUCAACCACCUCCGCCACAAAUUAUGCAGCAACCGCCAACAAUUAUCCAAUCGCAUGUACCGGUUCAGAUUCACCAACAACCCAAUAACGUAGUAAUUUCCCAGAUCCAAACUGCUCCGCAAAUCACGAAUGUAAGCAAUCCACCUCCCGGAGCACAAAUUCGACCACCAAUGGUGCAUAUUAAAAAUACGGUUCCGCCACAUAUGACGCAACCACCCCCCAGCAUUCAAAUACAACAACCGCCGGAAGCACCACAGCAGAUUCUGGUAAACCAGGCACCACCAUACCAGGUGCAAUAUAUUCAGCAAAAUCCUACAAUCCAAACAAGCAACGGACCACAUCCUGGCGCUGGACAAGUGACUAUACAACAUGUUAUCCAACAACCGCAACCGCAACCAAUUCAAGGGAUUGUGCAGACUGCUAUGCCUCCACCUCAGUUUGAACAGUUCCAUCAAAGACCUCCACCUGGGCAGCAGAUCAUAACCGUUCAAGGAAGUGGCCCAUUCAUGGUUCCACCUCCCAAUAUAAUUCAUCAAUCCAUUGCUCCACAUCCACAGAAUCAGAUUAUUGUACAAUCUCAACCUGUUAUAAAUCAUCCCCCUCCAAAUACCAUACCCCAAGAGAUCGUACAAACGACUAUUGGACCACCUAUGGGUCAACCAACUUCAAUGGGCCCUCCUACCAUGACACAAGUCCCGAUUUUGAUGAAUGGUGUUGAUGAUAAGAAAGGAGGUGAAAUUCAAAUUAAAACUGAACAAGUUAAAAUCGAAGAGGUACCCCCUCCAGGGACCAUUAUCCAACAGAUAGCCAAAUCAACUGUUAUACCGGUGUCAUCGAUGCCUGGCAUCUCAUUAAGCCAGCCUCCGCCGCCGAUAAUGUCGGUGCCUCCUCCAACGGUACAGCAUAUUGUUGGAAAUACUAUUAUUACUUCGCAGCCAAAUCCUACUAUGAAUCACACAAUACCCCAGCAAAUUUACAGUCAAAUUCCGGUGUCAAUUCAAUCUUUCCAACCACCUCAACAGAUUCAAAUGAACGGUGGUACACAUUUCGUCGUUAAUGCACCACAACACUGGCCUCCUAAUGGCCAUGUUCCUCCGCCGCAAAUUCAACAGGUGCCGGUUAGCUCAAUGCAGAACAUACAAUUUGCUCCACAGCAAAUACGCCAACCGGAAGGAAUCCAAAUUAUCAGCACACCGACGAUCAUCAGUGCAGCCGAAUAUCGGCCUCCGCCGCAACAUAUUAUCACGACAAGCUCGUUCAAUCCACAAAUGCAACCUCCGCCAGGGGUGCAAGUUAUUCAUACGGUUCCGCCUCCAACCCAACAGAUCAUAACGAGUAUACCGCAACCAGCGCAUACACAACAGCAUAUUAUCGAAGCGCCUGCCCACAUGGGACAACAACAUCAAAUUAUUACUACAGCACCAGGUAUACCACCACCACCACCUUCCUUCACGACCGUGCAAUACGCUGCAGCUCCACCUGAGUUGAAGCCACCCCCAGCGGAAAUGCAGAUGCAUUCGCUGUCUGCCCAGCUAACCAUGAGGCUUGGCCAAAAAAGGAAGCAUACGGAAGAUGAAGCACACAGCAACGUGGUCCAAAAGAUAGGCAUGGGGACGAUUAACAGCAACAGCGGCACCGGAUCGAUGGCAACCAGCAAGAGCACAAUGUCGUCAAAGUCGACGGCAACGGUUACGACGUCGUCGACAUCCGGUGGCCUCAUCUCAUCGCAAAUUGCAUCUGCAAGUUCCACAGAUGAAAUUCGACGUUCGGAAAAUGAACCUAAGUCGGGAAACGAGCAGCAGCCCGGCGGCGAGCAGAGCGCCGAAAACUCAGGCGCCGCCGGCUCCGUCAACUCGAACAGCAACAAUACUACUAAUAGCGGCCAGAAGGCUGGGGGACAUCCGCACCAAGGAGGCCAUUCAAGAUCACGUGGUGGUUUCCGUUUGCAUCCACCAUAUUAUUCAAAUAAUAUCGGCAGAAAUAAUCAGAACGGCUAUCAAAUGGGUGGAAAUUACACCAGAACGUUCGAUCAUACAUCGGUAACGCAGAUUCCACCACCACCAAAGUGCCGUUGGUAAACUGAUGGUAGCAAUGAUGAUAGCUGGGAUAUGAUUUGAAUUGUGGCACAAUAGGAGAUGAUUCUUCUAUUAUAUGACAUAUUAAAUUGUUGAAUUGGUUCUAAUUAUAUGCUUAAAUGUCUAGUGAUAUAAGCUUACCAAAAGCGUUUGUUUUUACACUAGAAGUGAAUGAUGCUACUAAAUGAAUUCACGCUGUAACUUAUCAAUGUACUGUAAAUAUAAUAUAUAUUUAUAUCUUACUAUUUCCGGCAAGUUUAUAAUGCGUUACUUGGAAAAUAAAUAGAUAUUAUUUUGCUGAAAGAA